GAGGAGGAGGAAGAAGAAGAGAGCAGAACUUCUUCUCCACAUUGCCCUGAGAUGACAAUGACACUAGAUGGUGCCGCAGACCCCUUUUUCCUGAGCAUGUUGAACAAAGAUGUUUUGGUAGAGCUGGUGCUUUCUGCAGAAGAGAAAAUGGCUUACUGUAAAGGAGAAGAAAUAGUUCACGGUCCCCCAGAUGUCACUGAUGUUUGGAGCCCUGCAUUGUCACUCAACCAAGAGGACCAAUCAGACUGCAUGCCUUCACAGAAUUUCAGUUUUAGUGGAGCAGCCACAUCUGACUGCUUCCUGGAAAAGGAACUUCAUCCGAAAACAUAUGAGCAUCACCAGCAAGAGGAAGCAGCUGAAAGCUUCAGUCAAGGCCUCUCCUGGGCCCUGUGUGAAACCUCUCAGGACCUUCUGACUGACCUUCAGCAAAGCCUUCCGUCAGAGGAUCCUGUAGCCAGACACUCAGGGGACUCAGCAGGGACCGGUCAUCAGCAGGACAUCUCCCUCCUCACCCCCGUGAGCAGCUCUAUUUUCCCCUCACAGCUUCAGAUCUCCGGUAGCUCCCUGACCCCCAGUGUAACUUGCAACAUCAUAACCACCUCUGCUCUUUCUUACACCGCCAAUGAGAGCUCCCCCAAAGCCCAAUUAAAGAUGGAUGAACCCUGUGUGCCGAGCACCUCAGCCUGGCUCGAACAUUGCAAAAUGGGCAGCUGGUGGAAAGAGGAGCUGGAAACCCAUAGAGCCUCCACUGGCCUUCUACCUGCUACAGAGACAGGAGUGACUAUCUCAUCAGAUAAUAAGAAGCCUUCUCUCGUUCUCGGCCAACCAUAUUCCUACGGUCUGGUCAACUUUAUGGACUUCCCUGUAAAGCAAAGAGGAGACAGCAGAGAUGGCAAACAGGCAGACAAAGAGGAGCCCGCAGGUUGGAGUAGUUUGGGAAAGGGUUCUCAAGGUGCCAUAAGAAGUGCAAGAACACUAUUACGGAAAGGAAAACGAGUGAAGAGAGUAUGAUGAAGAUUUAGUACAUCUAAUUGACGUAAAGGACAGCGCAUAGAGAACUGAACUGAAUGAAAUAUAUUCUCUAAGUCUUUUAAUGCGUGUUUCUUUUGAUUCAGAUCAGAUUCACAUUUCAAAUCUAAAUCUGGAUUUAAUUUAUUAACUCAAAGCAAUACUGUAAGGAUUACCUCGCCCCAAAAUGUACUUACUGAUCAUACGAACAGGCUUGAUGAUCACAACAUAAGCUUUUCACCUUGAUCUCCCCUUCCUCAUCAAUCACCGGGUCAGAUUGCUCUGACGGCCGCUGCGGCUUCUAUCAGCAACCUUUCCCACCCGGUGAUGUUGUCCUGCCACACCCUUUUUCUUCCACUGUAAAACCACAUGUUAGAAAUACUCAACAAUGAAUUUCUCAGGAAUUAUUUAUAAACAUAAAUUAUUAAACAUUUUGCUAAUUAAAACAUAUAUUUAUAUUCGUAUGUAUUUAUUAUAUAUUUGUGUUAUCUGGAUGCAUGUUGGUCCAUUUGAAACAUAAAUCAACAUUUAAAAUGCAGUCAUGGUGUCCUUGAAAAUAAUUCUGCACUUUAGAUUCUUUAUUGUUUUUUUUCCUCUUGAAAAAAAGGAUGUUUGCUUU